GAAGUCGAUGAAGACCAGGAAGAGGAAAACAACAAGGUUGCAGAGGACUCGCAGAUGGAUGAAGGAGAAGAUGAGCAGGAUGCAAACGGAGAUGACAAGGUUGCAGAGGACUCACAGAUGGAUGAAGGAGAAGAUGAGCAGGACGACACAGCUAUGGAAGUUGACGAGGAAGCCGAGGAGUCACAGACCGGAGACUCUGCUAGUGGUAUACAUCAAGAUGACAUGUCUAUAGACGAUCGGUACCCAGCUGUCAUGCCUCGACCAUUAUCUACAGCCCUCUUAAUGGUGACGACCAGGACAGCCCCAGUAUCAGCCAUACACUCUCACCCCUCUGCACCGGUCCAUGCCCGUACCUCCCCAAGAAUCGAUCCACGCCUGUACCUACCCAAGACAGCUCCUAAACCUCCCCCGACACGCGUUUGAAGCCCUCCUACACCUACCCCAUUAAGAUACUAAUCUCGAUUACACGCCUCAUGGCCCCUGAUGUUCCCUUGUUCACUUCCUGUACCUAUUUAAGUAGCUCUGAUACGUCCCCAAGCCCCAGCUUGGUAUAUUUUGAACACACACCCUUUUGCAUAGGUCCAGUCCCUGUUCCUUUGUACCUGAUAACCAUACGGAUUUCUCUUUACUCUCUGUUUCACUACCUCUGUUUCUCCUUACUCUUGUCCAUUGUCUCUCUGAUCGCCUAUACGAUCGAAUAUACACUUUUACUUCAAGUCUAA